GCGUGACACUUGCAUGGAAUAUGUGGGGUUGAAGACGACAAAUACUUCCUCUCUUCUACUUAGCUUCAAAAUCCAAUCCUCAAAAUCUCAAAAAGAAAGCACAAGCUCAAGCUGUCUUUCAUGGAGAGUAAGGGAUGCAGAAAACCAAACCUCACCCACAAAUCUCAGUUGCUUUACUGUUUAUUCUCCCUCAUCCUUUUCUCAGUUUGCUUAUUGGUUGGCAUCAGCGGCACUACAACCAGAUAUCAACAAGAUUUUAGGUUUCUACUGUUUGCUAAAGCUGCAGUUGGUAUUUGUUCUCAGGAAACUGCCCAGAAGAAUGCCGUUGACAUCCCAGUACGCCCUUUAAGCUUGACCAGGAGAUUGUUGAGUGGCCCGGGAUCAUCCCCGCCACGGUGCAUCUCAAAAUGCGGCGACUGCACACCAUGCAAGCCUGUUCACGUGUCGGUGCCGCCCGGAACACCGGUCACCGCGGAGUAUUAUCCAGAAGCAUGGAGGUGUAAGUGUGGCAAUAAGUUGUAUAUGCCAUGAUGCUCGUGUAAUUUUGUUUGGUCAUGUAAACAUAUGAGUAAUGCUAUUGCAUGUGACGAUGGAGAGACUAUUGCUGGUUUUGCUGUGAUAAUUUUUUUCUUUUACUUUAAAUACAUAUAUAUGUAAAUAA